AUGACUGCUGACAGUGAGUGGCUGUACGGGGGUCCGAUCGAAAAUAAGCCGGCUUUAGAGAUAUCACCACCGAUCAAGAAGCAUCUUCAAACAACCUUCCAUGAAAUAAACUUCAAGUUCACUGAAGUCAAGAACAUUGUCGACGAGAUGGCGACUUCAGGGGUAGUGUUCAAGAUUCCAACCGUUUUCAAAAUGCAGCUCGACAAAGUCAAGGAGGCAGUUGAUGAGCUUCAUAAGGUAUUCGCCAUGGACGUGUACGAGGACAGCACAUCAACAGCUCAUAAAUCGAAUCUCGUCCACGUCACCACCAUUCCGUUUCGCUGCAUUCGUAAGCUCUUUCUCGCGCCCACACCUGAAAAGGAGUACACAUAUAUUACAUCCCUCUUUGCCUUCCGCACCAGCUUCCGAACAUUCUUCACUGACUCGUGCAAAUUUUCCCCCAAACCCAAGCUCCAGAAUACCAUGUCUCGAAGUGAUAAUCCAAGUCUCGGGGAUACGGAUCCCGAAGGCAUCCGCAGCGCAGAGCAAGACGAGGUCCAAAGAGGCAGGGAAAUCUGCGGGGCCCUUAGCAAAGCGGAUUUUGAGCUUCGCAAAGCCGAAGACCUCUACUAUGCCUACAAAGAUUUGGGGCUCUCGUAUUCGACCAUGCAUGCGUCGGAUGUCAAGAAGGAGUUUGAGUUCGCCAAAGAUUAUAUGUAUCUUCUUAUUCAAAAGCUCUUUGGGAAUUCGGAGAGGGGUUGA